AAGGGUCUUAUUGUUCUAAUGAAGACUACUGAUAAGGGCCUGAUAAUGAAAGUGAUUACCCAUGUGGGUUCCUUUCCUCUGAUCCCGAUGAAGGGAGGUUCCAAGAUUCAGGAGGCAUAUCUCAUCUUCCAGGAUUUCUCUGAGAAGUAUUCAAUGACUGGAUUGAUCCUGAAUGGCAAGGCUGUCUGUUGUAUGCAUAUGGGAAAUUUUGAUGAAGCAGAAUCACUGUUACUUGAAGCUCUGAACAAGGUAAAUUAUUUGAAUUACUUACAAGAUUGUGGGUAUUGAGACUAUUGACCAUUU